CUGUCAACGUCAAUGUCAAACGUGAUCCAGUCAUUAGGUAGUAAUAUUUAUUAUCUGUGAUUGUGAUUAUGAGUGGAGUGAAGGAAGGCUAAAAAAUGUCUUUUUGUUGAAUUAAUAAAAGUUGCUCAUAAAAUUGUAUAAUUAUCUGUAUUAUGUCUAACGACUUAAUUAUUUGUAAACAUGCAAUAAAGAUGUUUUACAUGUUGAUGUGUUGGUAGUUUAAUUAUCGAUUUGAAGGUUAUAUAAUGGUAACUUUUUCCUUAAAAUAUUCAGUUAGCUGACAAAUAACGAAAUGUUUGCACCAAAAGAAUCCAUAUCUCUCUUUGUAAAAUGUUCGUGGAAAACAUGUGGUGACUGCAUAAAAUUAUUUUCAUCUCAAGCAAAACGUCAGCCAAUAGCAGUUGAAGGACCUUGGCAAUUGUACUCUGAUAAAGUUUCGACAGCCGUUUUGACCAAAGAUCCUCAUCAAGAAAUAGUUGUACAACAGCUACAAUAUAUUUAUCAAGAGAUUAUCUCAUACCAAAGACCUGUGCUUCAAAAUCGGACAAGUAAUUCAUUCUUUAAUUUAUUCAAAAGAAAUGAACCUCAAAAAAUUAUUGCACCUAAAGGGUUGUACAUAUACGGAAGUGUUGGUGGUGGAAAAACUAUGCUAUUGGAUUUAUUUUAUGAUACUUUGCCAAUAAAAGAAAAGUUGAGAGUGCACUUCAAUUCAUUCAUGUUGAAUAUACAUGCUCGUAUACAUGAACUAAAGAUAAAGUCGGGCAAGGGAGCUAGUUCAUUCAGAGAUGAAGGUUCUAAACCGUUUGAUCCAAUACCACCUGUAGCAGCUGAUAUUACACAAGAGUCGUGGGUCAUUUGUUUUGAUGAAUUUCAAGUAACAGAUAUUGGUGAUGCAAUGAUUUUAAAAAGAUUAUUCACUCAAUUAUUUGAUAAUGGGUGUUUAGUUGUUGCAACUAGUAACAGGCACCCUGACGAUUUGUAUAAAAAUGGGCUACAGAGGUCAAACUUUCUACCAUUCAUACCAGUACUCAAGGCUCAUUGUAAUGUAAUUCAACUAGAUUCUGGCAUUGAUUAUAGAUUAAGAGGUAGUGGGAACAAAUAUAGCAAAUAUUUUUUAAACAGUGAUAUAACUCCUGAGAAUAAUGCAGUGGAAAACUUAUUCAAAUUCCUGGUGUCAAAAGAAAAUGAUACUGUAAGGAUGAGGGUUAUAAAUAUUAUGGGGAGGAAUGUCAAGUUUUCUAGAUCUUGUGGAAGAGUACUAGAUGCUACUUUUGAGGAAUUAUGUGAUAGACCUCUUGGUGCUAGUGAUUAUCUGGUAAUAUCAAAAACAUUUCAUACUGUGUUUAUAAGGAAUCUGCAUCAGUUGUCUGUGACGAAGCAUCGAUCUCAACUUCGAAGAUUUAUUACCCUUAUUGACACACUGUAUGAUAACCGGGUGCGGGUGGUAAUAGCUGCAGAUUGUGAGCCAAAAGAACUUUUAAAAGCCGACGAAACUGAAGAUGUGCCUGAUUCUGAUAGAGCUCUUAUGGACGAUUUAAGGAUAACAAAAGAUUCGGAGGAUGCAAAGGCAGCAAUUUUCACGGGUGAGGAAGAGCUGUUUGCUUGCGAUCGUUGCCUUUCAAGAAUAAUGGAAAUGCAAACUGAGGAAUAUUGGGAAAAAUGGGGUAAACAUCUAAAUUAACAUAAAAUGAAAUUUAAAAAAACUAGUUAAAAUUAACCAUUGGCCUCAAACACAAUGCAUUAUUUUUUCAACAUAAUUAUGAUGAUUGGGUCCCACCAAUUACUCGUGUAUAUAAUUUGAUUUGUUUGUAAAUAGAAGCUGCCAUUUUCGUCAAAAUCACACCAUCGUUUAGAUGUUUCUCUUGCAAAAACGUAUUCAAGUGCGAAUGGUACUUGAAUAUAUUUUCCUUUCUUUGAAUAUUUUUUUUUUUAUCUGAACGAUGAUGCUAGUUGUAGUUAGCUACAAAUUAAUAUACCUACAAUUACAUAGAUUUUGUAACAUCGUUAUGUGUAUUAUUGUUGAAUUUAAUGAAAAUGUUGUAAAUAGACAAUACAUAGUUAAAAAGAGCUUUGAUCACACUAUCCGACAGUAUUAGGAAACAUUGUCAAUAGAUAUUUUUAUUUAUUUAGGGAUUAAAAUGUGAUUAAAGCAUAGAUGAGAAUUUUCUAUUUAUAGCUUCAGGCAGGUUAGCGUAUUUCUAAUAUUGUUUCAGCAAUAACUGUGUUUACCAUUAUUUAUAAAUAGUUAAGUACUUAAACAAAUUAGUUAAUAUUUUGUUAUUUAUUUAUUGUUUGGAAAUAUUAAAUCAUGAUUAUGUU